AUGGGAAAUUUGACAAAGAAACGUAACAGGCUUAUGGAUUUGAUAAAAGAAGGUGGCGCUCGCGAAGAUGUAUUGAACGGAUGUCGUCAGUUUGAUGAAGCUUGGCGUAAGUUUGAGAAUGUUCAUGAAAAUUAUUUACAGUUGUUGAGAGAAUAUUAUGGUGGGGACGCUUGUUUGUUAGAUAAGGCUGUAAAAAGUUAUGAUGAACAAAUGGACCGAAAACGUAAUCUUGAUCUUUCUGUGAAGUUAUGGCUGGAAAAGAGUGAAUCAGGGCGAGUAGGAAUUGAAGGCAAUCGUGGUGUAGUUUCGGAGAAAGUAAGCAAGGAUGGGCGUAUUGUGGUUUCUAGAACAAGUUCGAGAUUAUCCUCAGUGUCUCAAAAAAGGGAGAAACUAGCUCUAGCUCAGCUAAGCCUUCACAGACUUAAACUUAAGCAAUUAUUGGAUGAAGAAGAACGAGCUAUUAGAGCAAAAAAGGAAUUAUUAGAAGCUGAAAUGGACGCAGAAAAGGCAGCUGUAUCACUUAAAAUUUAUGAGGAUGACCUGAAUGAAAGGAAAACAGACAUCGAUGAAGAUCUUUUUCCCUAUUUGUGCCCCUCUUAAUUACAAGUUCCUAGCCAGAAAAGUGCAGCGCAAACUAGUGAGACCAAUGUGCAACAAAGAACCCAAUCAAGUUUAUCUGUGACAAACCCUGCAAGCAAGAGUACUAGCCACUCCUUGCCCCCUCUUCCCCCAUUCGUGCCAUCAUUCUUUCCUAAAUGUUCUUGGGGAGGUAAUGCAGUGAUUGAACAGUCAAGAGAUUCAGUGAGUGCAAGUCAAACUUCUCCAUUAAUGUUGCAAAUGGAACUUCAUGUAAGCCUACACAUGUACAGACGGUGACUAGUCAGUGUGUUAAAGAAUUUUGGUCUCCAAACUGGAAGAGUCCACUCGCCCAUACGUUGCAAAGUGCUCAGCACCAACCGACAGAGACUCAGCAAAAUGACGAUGGUUUGGAAUUGGUUAAAGCAUUAAAACAGGUUGUGGUAAUGCUCAAGGUAGAGUAUCAGCACUUUGACGGUGACCCACUGAAGUAUGUCACCUUUUUUUCACAACUUUGA